AUGAAGCUCCCCACACGGCCAAUCACACGAUUAUCGAAGCGCUGCUGCGCGCGGCUCCCGGCGGCGUGCCGGUAUGCCACGACACAAACGACAGCAGCCGGGAGUGCGCCGGGGUCGUCGGGUCCAUCGCCUUCGUCGAACCGAAUCAAGAUUGUCGAAGUCGGCCCACGCGACGGGCUGCAGAACGAGAAGAAGUCGAUCCCGCUGGCGACCAAGAUUGAGCUGAUUGAGAGGCUGGCCAAGACAGGCGUGUCGACGAUCGAGGCGGGCUCGUUUGUGGCGCCGAAGUGGGUGCCGCAGAUGAGCAACUCGGCCGAGAUCCUCGAGCAUGUGCUGGCGCACAGGGUGGCGUCGCGCGAGCCGAUCUCGUACGCCUUCCUGGUGCCCAACAGCCGGGGCCUGGCGGACGCGACGGCGAUCCUGCAGCAGCACGCGGGCGCGUUUGUGGCGUCGCUGCCGACGGCCGGUAACGCAGGUGGCGGGCCAGAGACGACAUUGUCGCCGCUGCCGGCGGUGGAGCUGGCCGUGUUUGCGGCGGCGACGGAGACGUUCUCGCGCAAGAACCUCAACUGCGACGUGGCCACCUCGCUGGAGCGGUUCCGCGACGUGAUCCGGACAGCCAAGGAGACGCAGGCAGCAGCUGACGGAGCACCACUGCGGGUGCGGGCAUACAUCUCGGUCGUGCUCGGCUGUCCGUUUGAGGGCUACGACGUGGAUCCGCGGCGGGUGGCAGAGCUGGCGACAGACCUGCUCGAGAUGGGGGCAGACGAGAUCGCGCUGGGCGACACGACCGGCAUGGGAACGGCGCCACGCACCAAGGAGCUUCUGCGCUGCGUGACGGCGGCUGGGAUCCGGCACGAGGACGUGGCGCUGCACCUGCACGACACGUACGGCCAGGCGCUGGUCAACACGGCGGUGGCGCUGGAGCAUGGGAUCCGCACGUUUGACAGCGCUGUCGGCGGCUUGGGCGGCUGUCCGUACAGUCCCGGGGCCACGGGCAACGUGGCGACAGAGAACCUGGUGUACUUUCUCGAGAGCCUGGGCAUGGACACGGGCGUCGAUCUGGACGCUAUGGCCGAUAUUGGGCAGUGGAUCACGGCUGAGAUCGGCAAGGCCAACGACAGCAGCGUGGCUGUCAUCUGCCUGCCGUGCACACACAAAGCGCUUGCUCACGUCCCAACUACGAUGCCGGCCAUUCGACUGGGCACCUGCUCGCCGGCGACGGCCGACACGCCGGCAGAGACGCUGGCGAUACUGGAGGACUUUACGAAACGGGCGGCGGCGGAAAAGGUGGACAUUUUGCUGUUUCCCGAGGCGUUUCUGGGCAGUGGGUAUCCGCGUGGCGAGGAUUUUGGCUGUGCCAUUGGCAGCCGAACGCCGGCCGGCCGGGAGGCGUUUUUGCAGUACUUCCGGCGGGCGGUGGACCUGGGCGACGUGGUGGGCGAUGCGGGAGCCGGCGGAGGACGCGACUGGGUAGAGCGGCGAGGCCGGUUUGCGGACGAGGCGGCGUCGUCGGCGGCAGGGACGGCGGGCGACGGGACGCGCGAGACAUUGGAGCGGGUGGCACGCGAGACCGGCGUGUUCAUCGUGUCGGGGGCCAUUGAGCGGGCGGGUGGCAGCCUGUACUGCUCAGUGGUGUACGUGUGUCCGAAGCGGGGGAUGGUUGGGAAGCGUCGCAAGGUGCAGCCGACCGGUUCGGAACGGCUGAUCUGGGCAGCGGCCGGUCCGGCGACGCUGCGGGCGGUCUCGACAGUGAUCCGCGGUGUGCGCAUCAACAUGGCGGCGGCGAUCUGCUGGGAGAACUACAUGCCGUUGCUGCGCCAGUCGCUGUACGCGCAGAACAUCAACCUGUACCUGGCGCCGACAGCAGACGGACGCGAUGCCUGGCUGGGACUGCUGCGCACCAUCGGCACCGAAGGCCGCUGUUUCGUCGUGAGCUCCAACAUGUGCACGACGGCGGAAAGCACGGAAAGCCUGGCAGCCGACGGCACUGCUACCACCACAGCAGAAGCAGCAGUGCCGGCAGAGGCCCGUCUCUCGCGGCUGACGACACGCGGCGGCUCGGCCGUGGUGUCGCCGUUUGGCGACGUGAUCGCGGGCCCGCAGUGGGACGACGCGCGCGGUAUCGUGUUUGCCGAUGUGGACUUUGACGACUGCAUCCGCGGCCGGCUGGACAUUGACAUGGGGGGGAGCUACUCCCGGAAUGACUCGUUCAAGCUGUCGGUCGAGGGUCUGGACCUCAGCCCGCUGCCCCAUGGAAUCGACGAUAGGACGGCGCGGGGACGGUACAGGGUCGUAGUAGUCCUUGGCGAGGAGGCUGCCGUAGGCGGCGGUGCAACAGCUGCCGCCACAGCUGCCGCUGCGCGACAUCACUCGACCGCCUCGCUGGCAGCCGUGCUGGCGGCCGUCGAGGCGGACGAUAGCGGCGUGCACGUGAUCCGGUCGACGGGCACGAGCCCGCACGCGAAUCUGGCUGUCGAGCAGCGCCUGCUGGAGCGCAGCCGCGCGGCCAGCCGGGUGUUGUUCCAGUACCACAACGGGCCGUGCGUGGUCAUGGGGCGAAACCAGAACCCGUGGGCCGAGGUGGCCGUACGACGGCUGCGCGCGCGCGACGUCGCCCUAGUGCGACGGCGCAGCGGUGGUGGUGCCGUCUAUCACGACGGCGGCAAUGCCAACUGGAGCGUGCUCGGGCCGUCGGCCGGCUUUGAUCGGGAUCGCCACGUCGUCAUGGUGGCACGGGCGCUGCAGCGGCUGGGCGUGUCGUCGGCGCGGGUGAACGAGCGGCAUGACAUUGUUGUGGGGGGCGUGGAGGAAGACAAAGACAGCCCGGACAGAGAGACCGCCUACAAAAUUUCCGGCUCUGCCUACAAGCUCACCCGCCAUCGUGCCCUCCACCACGGCACCUGUCUGCUUGGCACCGAUCUCACUGCCGUGUCUGGCCUGUUGCGCUCUCCUGCCGCCGCCUAUGUGCUCGCCCGCGGCGUCGCCUCGGUCCGGUCGCCCGUGCGCAACAUCGACAUUGCGACGCGCGACGGCAUCGCGCCGGCCGCUCGCUUCGCCGCUGCUGUCACCCGCGAGUUUGAAGCCCUCUACGGCCGUGCUGCCAGUCACAGCAUCGUCGACGUCGACUGCGAGGCUGCUGCCGGCUUCGCCUUUGACCCGGUGUUGGCGCGGGGAUAUGCCGAGUUGAUGACCCCAGAAUGGAUCUAUGGCCAGACCCCUCAGUUCUCCUUCUCGACUCAUCCCUCUGACGAGGAUCCCCGUGACCGCCCGCCACCACCGCCUACUGUCCCUCCCAGCUUCCGACUCGCCUUUACUGCCCGUCACGGCCGCCUGCACGACGUCGUUCUGUCCGGCUUGCCCUACCUCUCGCCAGGCGACGAUCUCACUACCGCAGCCGCUGACCGCAGUCUCGCCGCUGCCCUCGACGGUCGUCCGCUCUACGAGAUCUACAACUGGCAGCAUGUCCUAGCUCAGGCCAGCAUCCAACCCCUGGACGCUGUCGCCGUCGCUGCCACGGGCGCUUGGCUGGACGGCCUGUUGGGCGUCGCUACAGGCGGUACAGCAGCUACAGCAUAG